AUGUCAGCACGUCAUCCUUUAAUGCAAUCUGACGGGGACAUGCGGCUUUACAGAGCGGGUCCCAACUCUAAUAAUUGCUUUUCGAAAGUACCAUGGACACGCAUCUCAUCCGCAUUUAAGAUGGUGUUAGAGGCCGACCUCCAAUUGGUCUUGAUCGGCUCUCUCGCGGUCGACCCAGGAGAUGGGAAAGCCGAGUCCUUUGCGUGGGCCCUUGUCCAUAUUGAGCUAGGCGUCGCAUGGUUGCUAGCAAAUUUCUGGUGGGCUAAGGGUAAUACACAGAGCAAGGGCAUACAUUGGCUGGCAUGGGAUAAGAUGAAUAUGCCUAAAAGUGAGGGAGGUUUGGGGUUUCAAGACAUCAAGCUAUCCAAUAAAGCCCUCAUUCUGAAACAACUGUGGAGACUUAUUGAGAAACCAGAUCUAUUGAUGUGCAAAGUGCUAAAAGGUAAAUAUUUCCCUCAUGGCUUUGUCUUUGAUUGCAAGUUGAAUAAUGGAGCAUCAUGGCUUUGGAGAUCUUGGGCAUCAUUGCUGCCUGUGUUGAGUGACCAAGUGAAUAUUGUUAUUAAGAAUGGAGCCAAAACUAAACUUAAUGAUUGCAAUUGGGUGCCUGGGUUACAGAAGGGUUCCCCUAAUCUCAGAGCUGAUGUUGAUGGUAGUUUGUUUCUGGUGAAAGAUCUGUUGCUUGCUGGGGGUGUGUUAUGGGACUCUUCUCUUGUUAGGGCUUUGUUUGAAGAUGAUGUUGCUUCCUUGAUUCUACAGAUUAAAUCUCUUAAUCCUAAUGAUGAUGAUUUGUGGAAAUGUGCUUUUCUUGACAAAGGAAAAUUUUCUGUAAAGAAGGCUUACUUGUUUCUGUUGAGGGCUAAGAUUUCUGCUGGGGCUGUAGGAGAAUGUAGCAGGUUGGCCAUGGGCAACAAAAGAGCUAGAGACAGAUGCUGGUCUCUCAAGAUUAUGGGCAAAGUUUGUGGGGAAGCUGAAGAAACUAUAGAACAUACUCUGUUCAUGCGCAGAAGAGCUCAAAUUGUUUGGCAAAUAGCCCCUGUGACCUGGGACAAACAGAAGAUGGCUGUGAGUAGCUUCAAAGAAUGGUGGUGGUGGAUAACUACUUUAAACUUCAAAGACACAUCUGAGGCUAGAAUCCAGUUGCAAUGGCAGCAAGAAAGGUGGAUCAUACAAACUGCACUCAAGGACUGGAUGGACUACAAUGCAAGUAAUCUGAAGGAGUAA